AUCUUACAUGUCUACCUGAUCAUGAUUUUAUUCUCUUCCCCCUUUUUCUUCUCAGACUCGUCCUCUCUUCUCUCAUCUUGUAAAUUAAGGCGGCAGUUUUAUCAUAAUGGGAUGCACAAGCCUGGUGAUGUUAUCCUGGGUGGACUGUUUGAGGUCCACUACACCUCUGUCUUCCCUGAGCUGACAUUCACCUCAGAACCAAAUCAGCUCAACUGCCAAGGCUUUGACCCUCCAGGGUUCAGGCAUGCCAUGACCAUGGCCUUUGCUAUUGACGAGAUUAACAAAAACUCCAACCUGCUUCCUAAUGUGACUCUGGGAUACAGUCUUUAUGACAACUGUGCUACACUUGUGAUUGGAUUAAGUGCAGCAUUGUCAUUAGCCAGUGGUCGAGAAGAGCAGUUUCUGCCUCAGGAGAACUGUUUGGGGACCCCACCAGUCCUGGGAAUUGUGGGUGAUUCCUUCUCAACAUUUUCUAUCGCCACCUCUGAUGUGAUAGGUUUAUUCAAAUUGCCCAUUGUAAGUUAUUUUGCUACAUGUUCCUGCCUCAGUGAUAGGCGAAGGUUUCCAUCCUUCUUUAGAACAAUCCCAAGUGAUGCUUUCCAGGUGCGUGCAAUGAUUCAGAUUCUAAAACGCUUUGGCUGGACUUGGGCAGGUCUGCUGGUCAGUGAUGAUGACUACGGGCGUUAUGUUGCCCGGUCCUUUCAAUCUGACCUGGCUCAGUCUGGAGGAGCUUGUCUGGCCUACUUAGAGAUAUUGCCCUGGGGUGAGAACCCAGCUGAACUAAAGAGGAUUGUGGAAGUGAUGAAGAAAUCUACAGCUCGUGUGGUCAUUGUGUUUGCACACCAGAUCCACAUGAUUCAACUCAUGGAAGAGGUGGUGAGGCAGAAUGUGAGAGGCCUGCAGUGGAUGGCCAGUGAAGCCUGGACAGCCGCUGCUGUGCUGCAGACCCCCCACCUAAUGCCAUACCUGGGUGGCACGCUGGGUAUUGCCAUCCGCCGUGGAGAAAUACCAGGGUUAAGGGAGUUUCUGUUAAGAGUACUGCCUGACCUACAUGACAAAAUAAAUGGAAAUAGCAUGGUGAGGCAAUUUUGGGAAUACACAUUUCAGUGUAGAUUUCCACCACUUCCAUUAGGUUGGGUGGAAGCUGGGGGAGCACUAUGCACUGGACAGGAAGAUCUAGAGAAUGUGGAGACUGAGUUCUUGGAUGUUUCUAAUCUCAGGCCUGAGUACAAUAUUUACAAGGCUGUCUAUGCGCUGGCGUAUGCCCUCGAUGACAUGCUGCGCUGUGUCCCAGGGAGAGGGCCUUUCAGCGGGCACAGCUGUGCUACUUUGCAAACACUGGAGCCAUGGCAGCUAAUGUAUCACUUGGAAAAGGUUAACUUCACCACACCAUUUGGUGAUCAAGUGUCAUUUGAUGAGAAUGGUGAUGCCUUACCAAUAUAUGACAUCAUGAACUGGCUGUGGCUCCCUGAGGGAAGAACUAAAGUUCAGAGUGUGGGGAUUGUUAAAAAGUCGGCGACCAAAGGUGAAGAGCUUACACUUGAUGAAAACAAAAUCUUCUGGAACUUUGAAUCCAAACAGUCACCACAGUCAGUGUGCAGUGAGAGCUGUCCGCCAGGUACCCGUAUGGCCAGAAAAAAAGGGCAGCCUGUAUGCUGUUUUGACUGUGUCCCUUGCUCUGAUGGAAAGUUCAGCAAUGAAACCGACUCCAUGGACUGCACCAGUUGUCCAGAGGACUUCUGGACCAAUGCCCAGCGUGACCAUUGUGUUCCUAAGAUAACAGAGUUCCUCUCCUACCAUGAGCCUCUGGGCAUUUGCUUGACAACAACCUCGUUGUUGGGAACAUUUAUCUGUGCUGUUGUCCUGGUAAUCUUCAUCUAUCAUCGCAGUACACCCAUGGUACGCGCCAACAAUUCAGAACUGAGUUUCCUGCUUUUGGUGUCACUUAAACUGUGUUUCCUGUGUUCACUGUUGUUUAUUGGCCGUCCCAGGCUGUGGACAUGCCAGCUGAGACAUGCAGCAUUUGGGAUCAGCUUUGUGCUUUGUGUCUCAUGCAUCCUGGUAAAAACCAUGGUGGUUCUGGCUGUGUUCAAGGCCUCCAAGCCAGGAGGUGGAGACAGUCUGAAGUGGUUUGGUACUGUUCAGCAGAGAGGGACAGUUCUGGUUCUUACUUCUAUUCAGGCAGCAAUUUGCACCGCUUGGCUUGUCUCUUCCUCACCAUCUCCUCAUAAAAACAUUCAAUACUACAAUGAUAAGAUAGUUUAUGAAUGUGAAGUUGGGUCCACAGUUGGUUUUGCAGUGUUACUGGGCUAUAUUGGCUUACUGGCUAUCCUUAGCUUUCUCUUAGCCUUCCUGGCGAGGAAUCUUCCGGACAACUUCAAUGAGGCCAAGCUGAUCACUUUCAGCAUGCUGAUCUUCUGUGCUGUGUGGGUGGCCUUUGUACCUGCUUAUGUCAACUCUCCAGGCAAAUAUGCAGAUGCAGUGGAGGUCUUUGCCAUCCUGGCCUCCAGUUUUGGCCUCUUGGUCGCACUGUUUGGACCCAAGUGUUACAUAAUCCUGCUGAAACCAGAGCUGAACACAAAGAAAGCUAUCAUGGGUCGAGGCACCACCAAGACAUGA